CGAAUCGGUACCAUUGCGCCGGUCCCCAGCCGUCACACUGACGCACGCACACAUGCACACCAUCGCAGGACAGCAGCGGACCAGGCGCCGUCCAGCCUGCGGGUCCGCGACGCCUGAUGAGAGUCUGUCUGCGCAUAAACCCGUCUGAAAGGCAUCGCGUGCCCGAAACGUCGAAAAGCAACGCCGCUGUCGAUGCUACGAAGUUAGAUGAAAUAUACGAAGAUUCAGGCUAUGACAGGUGUUUUAAUUGAGACUUGCCCUUGUACACCUUAGCUUCAUGUCCACCUAAUCGCGAGAGAUGGCUGGUGCUCUACCCCUCCAGCUGUGCAUCCUCCUUGGAGUUGGUCUUUUGGGCCACUCUGCACCACUCCCGGCUGAAGGAUCUAGGACCCUGAGUAGUGACACUUCAGCAGUGAAAACCACUCAAAGGCCAGCUGAGGAAGCUGUGGUGGCACAAGACCUCACAGAGGGCAAGUAUGAGGGAGAGGACACUCUCAGUAAACCUGCCGCUGCACCUGUCACGUCCGUGAGCCCAACAGCAGCUCCAGGUGGGCUAUCACAGAGCAUCAAGCCAGCCAGUGAGAUGGGGAGAUUUCCAACUGGGGAGACCAGCUUCCAGAGUUCAAGGUCGGUGAUGGAGGGUGUCUCUCUCAGUUACACCGAGGAUCCUAUAAGAGCUACAGUGGCGUUGGGCUUUGUUAAAGAGAUACUCUUGAGUGACCACGAGAGCUCACCACUGCAGACACAGGAAGAGGGUGAUGACCAGGGUGGUCAAAUGUUGGAACAGUACAUUGGAACUGACACGUAUAUCCCAGUUCCAGGAAUGAGCCUGAGUACAGAGCCAAAAAUGGGCUCGGCUAAAGGGAUUAAUCAAGAAAGUCUGUCCCAAGGAGCAAAGUUGAGUAUUGGGUCCUUGGCGAUAAAUACUGAGACACCAGAUAUUUUGGAUUCCACUGACCAGGGUUUGCAGGGCUCUCUUGUGCAGGUGGUGGCUAAUGACAAAGCGGUGCGGCACAUCUCUGCAGUCCCUCCCGUGCUACAGACCCUACAAGCAGAAAGGGAAAUGGCCCUUUUGAGAGAAUCAGAGCGAAUCGCCAGCAGCGAAUCACAUGGCCCAGUUCCUGCCUCUGCAAUGCCACCAGGACUAGUGCCAAGUGGCCCACAAGAGGCGCAGAUGGCCUUUUCAAGGAAUGAGGGCCCAGAAACAGACUUGGAUAUGGCGAGCCAAGCUGCGGGCCAGGCUGGGCAUGGAGCGAGAACCUUAGAGCCGGGACAAGACACUGAAAGCCAGCUCUCCAAGACAGAGGAAACUGGGAUUGAGGAAAAUUACACUGUGGCAGAGAGAGCUGAGGAACUUGCUACAAAGCACCUAGAUGCCCUCUCCCGGGAGGUAACAAUGGUCAACGACACAACAAAGAAGAAUACUAUGCAGUCAGGGCCUGAAGAAGAAUCUGGGGCAAGACAUGGUGCACUGCUGGAUGGAAUCCAGCUUUCAACUGCACCAGCAGCAUCUCUGCGGGAGAGGAGCGCUGCUCCAUCUCCAUCCUAUCCAUCCACUUACCUUCCAGCCAACUCUGCACCUAAACAAAGUAACUCAGGAGAGACCUUGGCUUGGACAGGCUCCCAAAAACAACAAACUGGCCAAGUUCCUACACCUUCCCAGAUGGACGUUUUUUUGCCCCAGAAUGGAGUGGGAGACAUAUUUGACAUUGCACACCCAUCCUCUGCACCCCUGCGAUCUGGACCGGAAGCCACAGCGGGGGAGGAACCCCCAGUUUCAGAUGGGGGGUCUCUGAAUCAGGACAUGGACCUCCCACUCAUAUUUGAGCCACUGGAUGGCCCCUUAGACGGGAUAAUUACCACUGGCACCCCCUCCAUUCUGCAGUCUCCCCCUACAGUACUAGCAAGCUCAGAGUCCUCGGAAGUGAUGACUCCAGAUUUAGACCCAUCCUACUCUGCCUCCUCAAAGACUGUGCCUCCCACCGUGCCAGAGGGGCCCUUUGUACCUUGGCAGAUGUCGGGAACUGAGAUCUCUGACAUAGUCAGUCCCUCUGUGCUGUCGCCCCUCACAGCACCCCCUCCAGGACCCCCACUGGAGUAUGACUCUGUGGAACUGGGCAUGACUACAGAAGCUUUUUCAGAUGACAGUGAGGCUCCCAAGAGUACAGAAGGUUCUUUCCUUACAACUAUGGCUAAGACUACCAGUCUGUCAUCACCUAGAAACAAGUCUGAUCUGGAAGAGUCAGAAUCUGAAGAAGAACACGACGAUGAGGAUGAGGAAGAUGAGGACACGGAGGAUUCUGAUGAAGAGGAGAGCCAGGAGGAUUUGGUGGAGACUCCCACACCAACCCCGGUGCCUCACACCUACAGCCAUGUCCCUUAUCACCUCUACUCAAACUCCAUAUGGGUGCAGCGCCAUCAAGGAUUAGUGCGCAGCUGGGUAGAGAAGAUUCGUGAUAAGGUGGGCUACGUGUCUGGGAUGUUGGCACCGGUGGGCAUCGGUAUCGCUGGGGCCCUCUUCAUCCUGGGGGCUCUUUACAGCAUCAAGAUGAUGCACCGCAAGAGGAGGGAUAACAGCUUCAAGAACCAGCGGAGGAAGAGCCCAGAGACAAACAGCAGGCAAGACCGAGCCAUGCUGCUAGCUGACAGCUCAGAGGAUGAAUUCUAGUACCGGCAAGAGGAUGACAGCAGCCAUCCCAGGACCGCCAUGGCAACCGCAGAAGAAUCCUUCGAACAGGCUCCCACCGUGGACCGUGUACCUGCAUGUUAAACAAAAGAACUGAUUCUGAAGAGGUUCUACUUCCGUCCUCCUCCAUCAUUGUGAGCAAUUGUGAUCGUGGGCAGAGCCAAGACAGCAAUCCCUUCCAAAAAAGAACUCUGUAGAUCCGAAUGGUGUGUGUAACACUCAUUUUGAAACGCGGCUUCCCACUGCGUAAACGAUCAUGUUGGAUUGCCGGGACUGAAUUUGAUGUCAAAAUUUCCUUAGUGAUCUUUUCGGCGUUGAACGCCUCUUCACAAGUAAUUCACACUAUUAGCGGACUAACCAAUGGAUGCUGUCUUUGGCUGACUAACAAGGUCCAACAACCUCUUCUUUUUUGGACAAGUAUUGUUGGUUGGCUGUGGUGUCACCAUCAAAUCCACAGCUGCUGCAUGAGCCUUGAUGUUCACGGCUGAUACGUCCCUCAGACGGCAGUUCGUUCCAGGUGUUUAUCUUUAAUUCUCAGAUUCUCUGCCGAGUUUGCUUGUCGUCGUAAUUCAUUUAAACAGGCGGGACUGUCUGGUAUAUAUACUGUUUUCCGCAACACAUGUACAACUAUGACAGACUUAAUUGGCAUAUUCACAUGGCUGUAUUUGCACACAUGUGCUGUGAUUUAACUUCUCGAAUGCCAAAAGGCACAAACUCUUUUGUGAUGUAUACAGGCGUAUUAUCUUGUGAAUAUACUGACACAGUACAGGUUCUGCUUUUUGUAAAGCGACAGUAUUUAUUAUACAAUCAUUCACAUGGACUUUACAAUGACAAUCCGCCUUGAUCUGCAUCAUGAGUUCCUCUCGCCUUAAUGUGAGACUCUGUAUGUUUCUUAAACAGCUAAUCUGUAUGUGUGCGAUUUAUAUAUCAGUGUUUAUCGCCGGAAGCUAAAAGCUAAAAGUAUCUCACUGGUUUCUUGGACAGUUGUACAUAUUUGCUGUAAUUACUCUCUUGAAUGACAGGAACUUGUUACCAUCCUACAGCAAGAUCUGAAAGAGCAUAAAAUUCUUUUUAAUAUCCUUUAACAGCAAAUUUUAUUAAAAUUACAGCAUUUAUACCAUUACACCAUUUACCACCUUUACCACAUACUCUAGCAGCACAUUGGUGCACUUGACAGUUUUAAUACACCCAUCUAUUUUCUCCUGGCUUUCAUUUUCCCCUGUAGAAAACAGCUUCUCUUUGUACUGAAAUGUGUGUGUAGACAGGAGCCCUGGAAUAAUUCCUGUGUAUGAAUUCAUUACCCAGUGUUGUUUGCUUUGUAUGGCUGAUCGUCUGAGCUCAUACAUAUAGAAAGACAUACAGGGAUGGUAGAGCAUGGCUAAGUCUCUAAAGGUAUCACAGAAGCUAUGUCUUAAAGUCCCUUUGGCCAUCAGGCCCUUAAAUGUCCCAGCGCUUUGCUUCUGCCUUAGGAUAUAGCAAGGUGCAGGAGUUGAGUUGUGUGACACUUGCUGUCCAGGAAGUUGGUCACUGAUGUCGGGCACUAGUGUCAUUUUCCGCCUGCUGGACGGUGGCCCAUGAGGGUCACACUGCACUUUGUGUCGAUGCCGCAGACUCAAAAACCCAAACUGGUUUUUCGGAUGUGCUCAUGCAAACGUGCACAUGGCUCCCUAACAUUUUCCACAAUACUGUCCUGACACUGGCGUACUGUGACGUUUUCCGUGUGAUCAUGCACCCGCCUCGUCCGUUUCUCCUUAUUGCAGGCUGGAUCAGCACGGGUCUCUCGGGACGGUCACGGGCCCUGAACUUGCUUUCACUCGCUGCCCCAGGCUGUGCGGCUGCUUGUCAUGCUUAAAAAAAGGUCAUCUGCGUGCGGAGUCGCUACCGUUCUCCGGAAUGGUCGCAUUGUCAGAGUUCUGUAAAUAAACAGCACGGAGCCAA